CUCGGGCCUGGGCCGCCUCGCGCCCGGCGGAGCGCGCGCGGCCGGCGGGGCCGGCGCGGCGGUGGCCCGGGGCGCGCCCUCCAGGAUGCCGACCCGCCCCGUCCGCUGAAGGCCGGCGCUCGCGCGGGCCCCGACGCCUCCCGGAGCCCCGGGGUCCCCGCGCCGGCUCCCGCGCCCCCUCGCCGUUCGGGCCUCCCCGGCCUCCGCGGGCGCCGCCGCGCAGCAUGCAGGCGCGCUACUCCGCGCCCGACCCCAACGCCCUGGGCGUGGUGCCCUACUUGAGCGAGCAGAGCUACUACCGGGCGGCGGGCGGCUACGGCGGCAUGGCCGGGCCCGUGGGCGUCUACGCGGGGCACCCCCCGGAGCCGUACGGCGCGGGCCCCGGGCGCGCGUACGCGCCCUACCCGCACCCGCCCGCGGCGCCCAAGGACCUGGUGAAGCCGCCCUACAGCUACAUCGCGCUCAUCACCAUGGCGAUCCAGCACGCGCCCGAGAAGAAGAUCACGCUGAACGGCAUCUACCAGUUCAUCAUGGACCGCUUCCCCUUCUACCGCGAGAACAAGCAGGGCUGGCAGAACAGCAUCCGCCACAACCUCUCGCUCAACGAGUGCUUCGUCAAGGUGCCGCGCGACGACAAGAAGCCGGGCAAGGGCAGCUACUGGACGCUCGACCCCGACUCCUACAACAUGUUCGAGAACGGCAGCUUCCUGCGCCGCCGCCGGCGCUUCAAGAAGAAGGACGCGCCGCGGGGCCGCGAGGAGCCGGCCGCGCGCCCCGCGCCCGACGCGGCGCCCCGGGAGCCCGAGCCCCCGGCCGUCACGGUGAAGAGCGAGGCGGCGUCGCCCGCGCUGCCGCCCGCGCUGCCGCCCGUCACCCCCAAGGCGGAGGCGCCCAGCCCCGAGCGCGCGCGCCGCGCCAGCCCGGGCAGCGCCGCCUCGGCCAGCCCGGCCGCCGCCGCCGCCGCCGCCGCCGCCUCCCCCGACGGCCCGCCGCCCGAGCCCCAGGCCGCCGCGCCGCCCAACGGGCUGCCGGGCUUCAGCGUGGAGAGCAUCAUGACGCUGCGCGCCUCGCCGCCGGGCGCCGAGCUGAGCCCCGCCGGGGCCGGCCGCGCGCCCGGGCCGCCGCUGGCGCUGCCCUACGCCGCCGCCGCCGCCGCGCCGCCCGCCGCCUUCGGGCCUCCGUGCGCGCAGGGCCCCGACGCGCCCGGCGCCGGCGGCUACCAGUGCAGCGUGCGCGCCCUGAGCCUGUACUCGGCGCCCGUGUGCGCGCCCCCCGCGCUGGACGAGGCCCUGUCGGAGCACGCGGGCGGCCCCGCGUCCCCGCCCGCCGCCCUGCACCUCGCCGCCGCCGCCGGCCAGGAGGCCGCGCUCGCCGCCGCGGGCCACCACCGCCACCCGCCCCACGGCCACCGCCACCCGCCCGCGCCGCCGGCCCCGCCGCCCCCGCCGCCCCAGGCCGGGGCCGCCGCCGCCAGCCCGGCCGCCGCCUGGUACCUGAACCACGGCGGCGGGGACCUGAGCCACCUCCCCGGCCACACGUUCGCGGCCCCGCAGCAGACUUUCCCCGGCGUCCGGGAGAUGUUCAGCUCCCACCACCGGCUGGGCAUGGAGAGCUCGGGCCUCGGGGAGUCGCCGGGGGGCGGCGCCAGCUGCCAGCUGCCCUACCGGGCCACGCCGCCCCUCUACCGCCACGCGGCCUCCUACUCCUACGACUGCACCAAGUACUGA